AUGAUCGAUAUUUGUCUGGAAUUUGUCGUCACAUCUUCAUUUUUAACGUUAAUGCAAGACGAUGUACGUAUUCCAAAUUUGUUCAUGCAUUUUUGUACAUUGUAUAAAUCACAAAUAGAGCUAUUAAAAGCAUUCUCUUCGAUCACAAAUCCUGGCUGGCAAGACGAACGCCUAAGAGAAUGUAUUCUCGGUUGGUUCUCACAACACAAAGAGUUCACCGAAAUUCAAAUCGUUGAGCACUUAAAACAAGUCGCUCGAAACAAUUAUAAAUACGCAUGUCUACUAGGAUUCUGUUAUGACAAAGGUUUCGGUACAUUCAUCGACCCGCAAAAAGCAUUUCAAUGGUAUCUACGAGCUGCUGAACAGAAUGACUCAUUCGGUCAAAACCAGGUUGGAUAUUUCUAUCAGAAUGGAAUCGGCACCAAGGUAAAUGAUGAGAAAGCUUUCUAUUGGUAUCAAAGGUCCGCGGAUAACGGUUGUAGUGAGGGGAAAUCUAACCUUGGAUCCUGUUAUGAGUAUGGAACGCACGUGAAGCAAGAUCGUAAAUACGCAUUUUACUGGUAUUCUAAAAGUGCAGAGAUGGGUGACGAACUGGGAAAAUGGGAUUUGGCAGAUAUGUUUUUUUACGGCUUGGGAACGAAUGUUGAUGUCCAUCGCGCUUUGAAGUUAUAUUUGGAGGCGAAAAAUCUGGGAUGCAUGGAUGUUGAGUAUUAUGUUCGUAACAUUUUCAUUAAUUCAUUAAUUUAA